CCCGGUUUCCGUAUAGAGCGCGUCUCUGAUUGGUCAAUACGGGGUCCAUGCCAAAUACAAUCGUUUGGAGAACGUCUAUCGGAUCGCAGUCAAGAUGAGUCUGAGAAAGCAAACCCCGAGCGACUUCCUGAAGCAGAUCAUCGGGAGACCAGUGGUGGUCAAACUGAACUCUGGCGUCGAUUACAGAGGUGUCCUGGCCUGCCUCGAUGGAUACAUGAACAUUGCCAUAGAGCAGACUGAGGAGUAUGUGAACGGGCAGCUCAAGAAUAAGUAUGGAGAUGCUUUUCUAAGAGGAAACAAUGUCCUUUACAUCAGCACCCAGAAGAGGAAAGCGUAGUGAAGACCCUUCUGUUUUUCUUUUUAUUUUACAGUGGAUAACUGUCCUGUUUUUGGUUUUGUAAAGCCCGAUGUCCUGAAGAAUGUGGAUUUUUGUAAAAGUGGAAUUGGUUAAUAAACGCUGAGUUUUGAUUUAUGUCUGAUAUGGUUCACAAGAAAAAUGAUAACGGGUAUUUCUUCCUGUACUCUAUUGUUCUUUGUAAACAUUUAGAUGAAAGUUUGAACUAACAGUGUGAUUUCAACAGGCUUCAUUUUGAAAAAGAUUGCCAUUCCUUUGCCGAUUUUGUUCAUAUUGUAAUACCUUGUGAUUUAAUUCUUGGCUAUAUCAGGCUUCUCCACUGCCAGUGGAACAACGAAGGAUGUUUUGUGGCCAAAUCAUUCACUCGAGUUCACCCCUCGAGCAGCAAAUCUACCACUGUUUUACCACAAGGCUUCAAAAGGAUUAGAACAUAAUUUUGUAAUUUGUCAGUACUAAUGUCCUGAUUGUGUACUUGAUCUUGAUACGACUAGCCUGCAGAAACCUAUUACUGAAUGGCCUGUGUACAAAAGUACUCAUCAUCCUGCAUUUACUUUACAUUACAAGUCAUUUGAUGAACAGCUGUUUGUACAAUUAAAAAUGAAACUCUCCAAGUAAUGUUUCACAUAUAAAAAGAAACCAUUUCA